AAUUCACCCCAGUGGGAACAGGGAUGGGCGUGGAUGGCCUUACAAUCCAUUCACACUCGACAACCAGCCCGUCUGAACAGGUGACUUCCUACCAGGCUCAAGAUUUUUCUAAGAAACUAUUAUCAUUAUUGCUUCCGCCAAGGAAUUUAUGGUUAUGGACGUCACCAGUGUACUUGAGAAAGAAGAGAUUUUAAUGUAAUUCUUCGUGCGAAUAUUUCAUUCCAUCAGGGACUUUAUUCCCUUGCCGGAGAACGCAGGAAAUGAGACUUUUGUGCUUGCUUGUGCUGCUGUGUCUCGAGGCUCCUGGAGACAGCUUUGAGAUUCAGGGCCAAGACAUCGACAAGAAUGUUUACGCUAAAAUCUUUCAGUGUGUCAAGCUGCUGUGUAAAAUGUCACCGGAUUACACCGAAUGCAAAAAAUGCUUGAUGGAAGUAGAUGUGCCUCAACUGCCUGUCGAAAAUCUCCUUCGUUGCCUGGAGGAAAUCCCAGGUUGUGACGAGAAGGACACUACAGCCCUAGGAAAAGUGCGCAAAUGCAUUGAGAAGGAAAGUCCGGAGAUGGGCGGCUGCUUCAGCGGAGAGCAUGACAGCACCCACAGCAUUAACUUCCCUGCGCUUGAAUGACACGGUGACACAUCCGAAAAAUAAAAUCACAAUGUAGCCUCUUUUUUUGUCGUUAUUUGUCUCCCUUUAAAUAAAAGUUGCCGUGGUA